GUGUGUGUGUGUGAGCCUCGCACGCGAAUUGUGUGUGUGAAUAAUGAAGAAGAAGCAGAAGCAGAAACAACAGCAGAGGCAAAGAGAGGUGCCAAGAGAAGCAUCGCCAGCAGCGACGGCGGCAGCGACAGCGACGGAAGCAGAAGCCGAGAGAGGUGUCGUUAGCAGCAGCAGUAGUACUUCGCGCCGCAGCAACAGCAGCAACAACAACAACAAAUAGCAAAAACUGAGCAGCGUUCGGCAAAGCGCAUCACUAACAGCAAGAAUAGCAACGGAAACAUCAUCAGCAGGUACAACAACAACGGUUUUAAAGCGCUGCCAGGCCGCGACGCCAUUUAGCGCCGGCGACAGCAGCAGUCGCAGCAGCAGCACCAGCAGCACCUGCAGGAGCAGCAUUGCCAGCAGCAGCAACAACAAUAACCAAAACAGCAGAAAACUGAACACAGAUGCAAAUAUGUCGAAAGCAACAACAGCACCGUCAGCAACAUCAACAUUAGCAGCAACAACAGCAGCAGCAGUAGCAGCAGCCAGCAGUAGCAAUGUCGCCGAUUUUAGCGCAUAUGAUUUUAAUGACAGCUCGGAUAAUUCCGAUACGCCUUUAGUGCCACGCGCGCCUUUUCUCAGUCGCGCCGCCGCUGCCGCAGCGGCAGCUGCAGCAGCAGCACUGAGUGCUAGCAGUGGCAGCAAUAGCGGUAGCAGCAACAGCAUUAAUAGGGGCAACAAUAACAACGCCAACAACAACAACACCAACACCAACAAUAACAACAACAGCGAAAACAUUGGAAAUGGCUUGCAACACAAUAGCAACAACAACAUCAGAAGUAGAAGCAGCAGCAACAGCACGCAAAGCAGCGACGACAGCAACAGCGAUGCAAUAGCGGCGCAGGCAGCGGCAGCAGCUGCAGCGCAGGCAGCAGCCACAACGGCGGCUGUUGCUGCCGCUGUCAAUGCAUUGCACAAUGGCAAACAGCAACAGCCGCAGCAACAUCAAAAUCAUUACAACAAUAACAACAACAACAACAACAACAACAACAACAACAAUGAAAGCACCAGCAACAACAACAAGCAGCUUGAUAAUGAAAGGGAUGAGGAGGAGGAAGACGAGGAGCAGUUGCUAGACGAGGACGACGAUGACUACGAUGAUGAGGACGAUGAUGAUGAGGAUGCUAUGGAACAGCAACUAGCCAACAACAACAUUAGCAGCAACAACAUUAACAAUAUGCAUAGCCUAACCACCGCCCCAGCAACACCAACAUUGCCCGCCGAUUUACGCCACGGACUCCACUUGCACGAUCACAGUCAAACGGAACAGGCGGACUACGAUGACGAGGAUGAAGACGAGGAUGACGACGAUGAAGACGAUGAGGAUGUGGACAGUCGCACAGCGUUGACUUCGGGGCAUCUGAGCGGCGCCGCUGCCGCCGAGAGCGGCGGCCUGCAUAUGAGUGCUGUGGCCGCUGCCGCAGCAGCGGCAGCAGCCGCCGCAGCAGCAGCAACUGCAGCUAAACUAAAUGCAGCAAACGUGGCAGCGGCCCAGCUGGAGAAUGCCCCGGUGCUAGACAUGGCUAACAAUGCAGGCAAUCUUGGAUUGGGCAGCAGCAACGGCGGUGGGAAUGGUGGCAGCAACAGCUUACCAGCGCCGAGCAACAGCAUUAUUGGUGGCAACAGCAACACUAGCUUUUCCACCAACAACAACAGCAAUCAUGCGCUCAGUUCGACACUCUGCAGCGUCAUCAACGAGCAGCAGCAGCAGCUAUCGCGGCACAGCGGCAACUCGCAUCACCAUCAACAACAGCCGCAACAGCAAAAUCAGCAUCAACAGCAGCAGCACCACCACCACCACCACUUGCAACAGCAGCACCAGCCACAGCUGCACCAUCAACAGUCGAGCAGUGGCAGUGGCAGCGGUAGUGCUGCCAGCGAACGACGCAAAUAUCGCCACCAGAAUUACAGCAAGAACAUUUACAUCGGCACAAAGAACGCCGAAAAGUGGGAGCACAUGCGCACCCGGCUGCAGUUCAAGAACGACGUCGAGUUCGUGGCCUACCUCCUCAACCUGGCCGACAACGACACGGAUAGACUAAACAAUUUGCCACCUCCGUCACCGGCGAACACGCCCACCAAAGGAUUCGAUGGCAACUUCAAGCUAGAGCCGAAUCUGAGCGUUAAGGACUUUGCGACACCGCCAGAGAAUGGCAAUGGCAGCUUGGAGUCAGCUGCUAGCAUGUCUGCUGCUAUGGCCACGCCGACGCCGCCACAACGCAAGCGCUACAAGAAGCGGGUCCAUUUCACAACCGAUGCACUUAAUGGCUAUGCCGGCGCUAAGGGUAAAGCUGGUCCUGCAGCUGGUUACAACAAGAACAAUAACAACAACAGCUUCGGCAGCACCUCUAAGACGAAGAAGCAGGAAGUGAAGGCAGCAGCAGCUGCCCUCAAAGCAGGCGCAGCAGCAGCCGCGGCAGCCGCCGCAGUAGCGGCCGCCUCAUCGGCGCUGCCGGAGGUGCUAGACUGCCGCAUCGCAGAGAAGAUUAAGAGCGAGCUGGAAGCAUGCAGCAAGGAGCCGCUACCAAGUGCACUUUGCCUCAAAAAAGCUGCAGCGGCAGCAGCGGCUGCUGCUGCGGCAGCACAACGCAGUGACGAGGAUGAGGACGAGGAGGAGGAACUUCAGCACCAGCAGCAGCAACAGCAGCAGCUAGCAGCGGCAGCAGCCGCCGCAGCAGCAGCAGCCGCUGCUCAUCCGACCACAGUAGCACCGACGAUGCUGCCCAACGCGGAUACGGUUGAUGCCAGCAGCGCCAGCAACGGCCAGUUAGGAAGCUUUCAUGUGCGCUCCAAGAGCCAAAACAGCAGCAAGAAGUCCCAGUCCGCCAAAGCAGCAGCUGCUGCGGCACCGGCUAUGAUGCCACCGAAUAGCUAUGACGAGCCCGAAGACGAUUCGGCUGCUGGUCCGGGCGAUGACGAUGAGGAGGACGACGAGGAGCUGGAUGAGGAGGCGCUAGCGCGUGAGAUGAAACUGGAGCAGAAUUUUGUGGAAGAGGAGGAUGAGCAUGACAUUGCGUUCAGAUCGCAGCAGUCGUGCCGCGAGUGCUCCAUCUCGCAUGAUCACAAGCUGUGCCCGCUGCGCAAUGCCUGUGGCAAUGUGACGGACGCAGUGGACCUGGCCGAGUGGAUUGAACGCCGCAAUCUGGAGGCGCUAGCCAAACUGAAGGCGGAUGCCCAGCGGCAGGCGAAGGUGGGCAGACCGCGCCACGUUGACGACGAGGAUGAUAUGGAGGACAUGGACAUGGACGAAUCAUCGCAGCUGUCCGAGCUAGAGACCAAGCCACUGAUAACAUUCGCCGAGGCUUCGGUGCCCGCCGAGUUCGAGCUUCACAACGUCGAGCCGAAUGUCACCGGCGUCUUCGCCCGCACCGAGGUCCGAGCCUACACGAAGCUGGGGCCGCUCAUCGGACAGCCGGUGCAGACCGGCGAGGUGCGUGAGGGCAGCGACAUGAAAUGGAUAUUCGAGAUGUGCGAGGCCGGUGCUGACAAAUCGUAUCUUCUCUGCUGCGAUAACCCCAAUGCCUCCAACUGGCUACGCUUCAUCCGCCCAGCGCCCAGCUACGAGGAGCGCAACGUGAACCUCGUGUCCAUCGACCGACAGGCGUACUUUGUGAGCUGUCGGGAUUUACGCAAUGGCAUGGAGCUGCUCUACUGGAGUGACGACUGCAACACUAUGUGGCGCAAGAAACACACCGAGAAGACAAACUGCGGCGGCUGCAACUUGAAGUUUGAGCACCCACUGUACUACCGUACGCACUGCUCAGUUUUUCACGAUCCAUCGAUGAGCCUCACAAUAAGGAAGUACCACUGCAAGGUGUGCGGCGAGGCGGUGCUCGGCAAGGACAACAUUAUGAAGCAUGCGGCCGAAAAGCACGAUGGCAAGGGGGCAUACCAGUGUCAGUUCUGCAACAAAUUCUUUCUACGGCUCAACUAUCUGGAGAUGCAUCGCACCUAUGGCUGUGCAUCGAAUCCAAAUCGUUCGCGGCCCGUUUGUGAUUUCUGUGGUCGGAAAUUCUGCCAGCCGCAGAAGCUCAAGGCGCAUAUUAAGCGUGUCCACAGUGAUAUGGCUGAAGUUUUACGAGAUUUUCAGUGUAAAUUAUGUUCAAAACUUCUAGGAUCGCGUGCGGCACUGCAGCGCCAUUCGAAGGAGGUGCACAGCCGCAACUCGACCGUGGUCAGUUGUCCGCGCUGCCAGAAACUCUUCCAGAAUCGCAGCAACCUGAAGAUACACAUGCUCACACACUCGGGCGUGCGGCCUUUCAAGUGCGCGGAACCAGAGUGCAAUGCCGCCUUCACCACAAAGCAGUGCCUGCAGUUCCAUUACAAGAAGGUGCACAACUAUACGCAAGAGCAGAUGCCGAAGAUAGAGCGGAGUGUGGCCUAUACUUUCGAUGCCUAUUCGGGCGGCAUGAAGGUCGACUUUUUGGAGCAAGCACCGCGCCGGCGACGCAAGAGCCUAGAGGAUCAGAACCAAAACUCAAUGCUCAGCAGCUCCAUGCAGAGUGACACGGAAUAUAGUGAUGACAACAUAUUUGAGGCCAUCAAGAAGAGCGGCAAAUCGAUAAAGGACUUGUGCCGUAACGAACCAAAUCUGUCGCUGCUCAGCUCCAAAAUCUCUAGCAUAUUUGCCGAGAAAGUGCCCUCGGUGCAGCAGGCGGCCCUGGUGGGAGGUGCCACGACUGGCACCAGCCGUAAGCGUAAGAGAAAGAAGGAUCCGGCCUCGGCGCUUGUCGUCCAGCAGCAGCACCAACAGCAGCAGCAACAACAACAGCAGCAACAACAACAACAACAACAACAACAACAGCAGCAACAGCACCAACAGCAACAGCAACAGCUGCAGCACCAGCAACACGCACAGCAAUGCCACCAACAGCAGCAGCAACAGUUGCAUGGCGGCCAUUUGGAUCAGUCGCCCUCGCAUUUGUCACAUCACCAGGAACACCAGCAGCAGCACCAACAGCAACAACCCCACUAUCAUGCCCAUAGCCACGCACACGCUCAUGCGCACACGCACGCCCAUCAGCAGCAGCAGCAGCAACAACAACAGCAGCAGGCGGCCGCGCAUCACCAGCAGCAGCAACAGCAGCUGCACAACGCCGACGUGGAGGAGGAGAGCGUACGUCUGGAGCAGGUGCGCCGCAAGCAAAACGCUCAGCUUAGCCUGGUCGAAUCGUUCCUGACCACCACCGCGCAGCGUCUGAGUGCCCAGCAGCAAGUGCAGCAAGUGGUUGCUGCGGCAGCCGCCGUUUCCGCCAUGGCCGGCGCCGGCGAGGAUCCCGCCAAGCUUGGCCACAUGAUGGGCCACAUGAGCGGCGUGGGCGUAGGAGUAGGCGUGGGCCUGGAUGAGGACGAUGACGAUGAUGAGGAUGACGAGGAUACCACAGCGCAUCACUUGCAUCACCAACAACAGCAACAGCAGCAGCACCAGCAGCAACACCACUCGCAUCACCACGGUCACACGCAUGCUCACCAGCACACACAGCAAUCGUCACAGCAGCCGCACAACGACACGGGCUAUCGCCACGGCGCCGCCAUGAAUGCGGCUCUUGGCCAGAAUCUGGUCGUCAGCAAGGGCAGCAAGAAGUGGAUCGGCGCCGACGAUCACCAUCUGAGCGACAGCGGCGAUGUGGCCAACGAUGCCACUGUCAGCAGUGGGGCUGGUGGUGGUGGUGUUGCUGGCUGUGGUCAGCUAUCGGGCGGCGCCGGCGCUGGCCAGGAUCUUGGGUUUGCUGUGCCCCCCAGCGCCGUGGAAGAGCAUAGCAAACUGCUGGGGCAGAACCGUGACUUCUUGGCGCGGCUCAUGAGCAGCGCUUCGGCCAGCCAUGUUAGUCACCAGCAUCAGCAUCAGCAUAGCGCUCACAGCCGCGAGGAAGACGAGAACAGCUCCUUUCUGGAUGUCGUCGAGUCCAAUAAUAAUGCGGCUGCUGCUGCGGCAGCUGCUGCCGCAGCCAUGUCCCAGUACCACCACAGUGCGGCAGCCAAUGGUGGAGCAGCAGGCGCUGGUGGUGGUACAAGCAGUGGCGGUGGCGGUGGCAGCGGCGGUGGUGGCGGUGGCGGUAAUGGUGGUAUUGGUGGUGCAGCUGCUGGCAAUCAUACACCGACUGGCGCGCCCACUGCGCCCAGCAGCGUGGAGCCGCCGCAAAUGCAAAUGAACUCGCUCAGUCAUUCGCAGUCAUUCAUGAGCUCCUUCUACAACAAUGCCAACGCAAGACUGAGCGGCGCUGGCACUGGCGUCGGCGUCGGCGUUGGCGUCAGUACCAACUCCUCCUCUGCCAGCAUGCUAGUGGAGGCAGCCCUCAACUCCGUUGGCAACAUGAUUGACAGCGAGAGCAGUGAUCUUAAGGUACCCACCGAGAACCACAUAAAUAGCGAUAGUCCGAUGAGCGCGCAUGUAGAUACGGAGGCGCAACGCUUUGGUAGCGGCGGCGGUGGUGGUGGUGGAAGUGGAGCGAAUGGUGCUGGCAUUGGCACCACCAUGGACAACUUAGAGAACGAAUUGAAGAUGAUGAAGAACCUGGGCAGCUUUCCCAUGCAGAUACCGCCAUUGCCUAUGUUCCAGGGAGCAUGCAAUAUUUCGCCGAACGCCUCAACGCCCACCAAUCCGCAGAGCAAUCAAAACCAGAACGAUGUAGAUGUGGAUGCCGGCAGCACGCCGCGUCCCCACCAUCCGGAUUCUGAUGGUUUCUCUUCGUCGCACCACCGGACACCGCCCUCGCCGCCGCCCAUAUCGCCGGGUCGCGACUAUGGAGGCAUGUUUGGUGCAGGCAAUGGUGCCGGCGGACCCGGCUCUAACAGCACGCCUGCGGGCAGCUCCAGCGGAGGUGGUGGUGCUCCAACGACGGGCAACAAUUUAUCCGCAUCACCUCUGCCGGCAGCGCUGCAACCACAGCGACGCAACGCUUCCAGCGUGGGCAGCACAUAUCCGGAGCACGAGCUCAUCUCGCCAGCCUCCUCGCCAAGCAUUCCGCGCUACAACUUCAACGGCGACAUGAUGCGUCACAAACGCGCCGUUCAGGAGCACGAGCAGCAGGAGCGACGCCACAAUAUCUCGCGACACAACCAAAUGUCCAGCGACGAAGAGAACAGCAUUAUGCCACAGAACAGCGCUGGGCAGGAUAUGCGCAUGAAGUUCCCGCAAUCACAGAUCGAUCUCAUGUACUCCAAAUAUGAGAGUAUGGCCAGCAAUUUGAAGUACAACAGCCAAGACCUGGACUCACCGGCCGAGUAUCGCCAGAGCAGCAAUAGCAAUGCGGCAAGUGCUGCUGCUGCUGCUGCUGCUGCUGCCAGCGCUGCGAACGACAUGUCGGAUCUUCAAGGGCUGGACAUGAGCUCACGGUCGAAUGCGACGAGCAACUAUCAUCAUAACUUCCAGCUGCCGAGCAGCCGGUACCAUCAUCACAUCUACGACAUACUCUCAGAUCGCGAGCAGAACCAGCAAGCACAGGCGCAGCAGCAGGCACCGGCAUCGGUGGUGCAUCAGCAGGAGCAUGGUAGUCACAGUGGUCACAGUAGUCAGCUGGCCAUGCAGCAGCAUCAAUCGGCGACGAUGCACAACAUGCUCAGCGAACAGCUGGGCGAGCAAGAGCACGAUCAGACCACAUCGGUGGAUCUUAGUCGCACCGCUAACUAUGUGGUGUCGUCGCCGCCGCAGCUGCCCUACAACCAUCCGCAUCACGAUAUGCUGCGCAUGGCCUCGCUGGACCUGACACCUAAUUCAGCCAACAUGGCGGUGGGAAACAAUCGUUCGUUUCUCUCCUCACAGAUGCAGCACCAGAGUCGUGAGAGCCUAGAGCAUCAUCGACUGCUCUCGACAGUCGAACAACAUCGCAUAUUGGCCGCCUCGAAUGCGGCUGCGGAUCAGCACCGGCUUCUCGUUGAUCCCACUGCCCACCUGCUAAUGGAGCAAAACAAUCGAUUGCUGGGCACCGCAGAUCAAUCACGUCUCCUUGGCGAAUCGGCGGCGGCAGCUGCCCAGAACCGACACAUGGCUAGGAGCUUUGGAGCCUAUCAUCAGGUGGCAUCCAGCAACUAUCACCCGGGCGUACGGCCGCCGCCGGUGCUGCCUUCGGCAAAUCAUCAUGCUUCCAAUCCGUCUAACUAUCAUCCAUUUCCCGCCUACUACUAAUGGGCAUCCUUGAUCUAUCGAUCACCAUUCGCAAAGUCCAAUAAGAAUGAAAACGAAACGUGCAAUCGAUCCCAAAAAGCAGUUAUAGUCAAUCCAGCUCAGUUUAUAUACACAUACAUAUAUAUUGUAUCGCAAACUAUAUAUACAUAUUUGUUUUUACUUUAAUUACAUAAACGCUAAAUAUACGAUUCUUUGAAUAAUUUACUGCUAAAAGACGAUAUGCUAGGAACUAAGUAUUAUAUGUAUAUGUAUAUGCGGAGACCUAUUAAUAGUUAAACGGGACUACGUGCAAUUAAAGUAUUUAUAUACAUACAUACAAACAUAUAUAUAUUCUUUUUUCCAUUAGUUAUCGUCUGGCUUCGACCUAUGUAUACAUGUGUUUAGUAUCCACGAAUCUUUGAUUAUAUAGAUCAAUUUGAAACGCAAACAUAUACAUUCAUAUAUGCACUAUAUGUAUGUAAAUAUAUGUUUCUAACGUAACAAAUCUGGGUUCCUCUGUUUUAUUCGCAUCUAUUUCUACUAACAAAUCACAAAUAAUUCAUUAUAAGCUGUACGAGAAAACCAAUUACAAGAUGUCGCAUUAUGUUCAGUUUUCCUAACGUCCAUUUAAAUUAUAUGUGAAACUUAUUUAAUUAACAAAAAUAAAAUUAUGAAGAAAUAGAAAUGAAUAAAAAAGAACCAUAAAGUGUGCCAAUAUGUUUAAGUGUACAUUUUUUUUUUU